AUGGCAGAUCGACACGCAGCCAUGAAGGAGAAUCAGCCUCCAUGUGAUUCCAAUGCGAAGAAGCAGGUGGAUGCUGACAGCCCUCAGCGAACGGGAACCUUUCCCGUGAAAAACACCUUCAUCCACUUCGGGAGCCCGGAUUCAAGGACGCCUGCGGGCAACCGCGCCUUGGCAACGCCCAAGACCGUGCCGCCGCAUUUCGCUCCGCACGAAGCGGACGCCAGCGGAGCGCCCAUGUCCUCCGCUCCGAUUGCUCCACUGCGUUUGUUUGACUUCUUGCCAAGUCCGCAGGUGACCAACAAGGGGACUGCUGGACCUACCAUUCCCGCUGGGCAAGUGGGGCAAGGGCCACAAGGGCCACAAGGGCCGCAAGGGCCGCAAGGGCCGCAAGGGGCCUCAAGUGCGCAACUUCCAUUGCAGGCAGAGACGAUCACUGCCAUGGCGGCAUUUCAUGCAGUUCAUGCGAUCUUCUCAGCCAUGCCGCCAACGGUUCCUUCGGCGAUGCCGCCCCUUCCACAGCUGGGCGGCUAUCAGGCGGAGCGGAAAUCCUAUGGAAAUCCAUGGGGAAGCCGUGGUCUCCCUAGAAAUGGUGGAUUUCUUAUAGGUCUGUUAGCUUGA